AUAGCCUCAGCCCUAUAUGACCUUAAAUUAAGAAAAGUUACUUUCGGAUUUCUUUUUCCCCAUAUUUAUCAAUCUUUUUAAAAGGUUUUAGAAGUUGUAAAGUGGAAACCGAACUGGCGAGUUCGCUCAGUACAGUAGCCUAGGCCUAGCUAGACACACAAUUAUUAUCAAGCUGUUUUGUCUAUAAUAAUGGAAUCAUUAUUUACGUUGUCCUGUACACUCGUGGGGCAUGAAGGCGAUGUUCGUGCAAUUUCUGCCGGUAAUCACCCUACUGAAGCCAGUAUUCUUACUUCUUCUCGGGACCGGACAUCCCGACUUUGGGUGCAUUCAAGUGAGGGUGUCUCAUAUUUUGAAGGACUGUGUAUGAAAGGACAUGAGAACUUUGUAAGCUGUCUGUGUGUAAUGCCACCAUCAGAUAAAUAUCCCACAGGACUAAUUGUGACAGGGAGUAAUGAUUUCAAAAUCAAUGCAUACACUUUAGACAGUGUGCUACCAGUAUACACCCUCACCGGUCAUGCUAACACAGUGUGCUGCCUGGCUGCUGGGAAAUUUGGCACCUUGCUCAGUGGUUCAUGGGAUAGAACAGCUAAAGUCUGGCUUAAUGAGAAGAAUGUAAUGACAUUAAAGGGACAUGAAGCUACAGUAUGGGCAGUUGCUAUUAUACCAGCAAAUGGUUUAAUGAUCACUGGCUCGGCAGAUAAAACAAUUAAGACCUGGAAGGCUGGUAAAUGUGAACAAACAAUUAUAGGUCAUACAGAUUGUGUCCGUGCACUAGCCGUCAUUUCGGAGACACAAUUUCUGUCAUCGAGCAAUGACACCACCAUACGUCGAUGGACCAUCAACGGGGAGUGUAUGUUCGAAUACAAAGGACACACAGGCUUUGUUUAUAGUAUUGCACUGUUGCCAAAUGGAGAGGACUUUGUCACCUCAGGAGAGGAUAGGACAGUUCGUGUCUGGGUAGGGGGACAGUGUCACCAAACUAUCACGCUGCCUGCUCAAUCUGUCUGGUGUGUUACUUCUCUUUCAAAUGGUGACAUUGCUGCUGGAUCUAGUGACAAUAUGGCAAGAGUGUUCACCAGGGACCCUUCUAGGAAAGCUAGUCAGGAUGAGGUAGAUCUAUUUAACCAGCAAGUAGCAUCUUCUGCCAUUCCUGUGCAGUCUAGUGAUCUUGGAGGAAUCAAACCGGAGGAUCUUCCUGGAAAAGAAGAUCUGUUAAAUCCAGGAAAAAAGGAUGGACAAACUAAGUUAGUAAAAGUGGGUAAUACUGUGGAGGCUUACUCAUGGAGUCAGGCAGAAGGGAAAUGGAGCAAGAUAGGUGAUGUAGUUGGGUCGAGCGAUGGCAAACAGACAGCAGGACAGAAAGUUAUGUAUGAAGGCAAAGAGUAUGAUUAUGUGUUUUCAGUGGAUAUGGAAGAAGGUCGGCCUGCAUUGAAGCUCCCUUACAAUGUCUCAGAUGAUCCAUGGCAUGUUGCUCAGCAGUUUAUCCACAAACAUGAACUCAGUCAGGCUUACUUGGAACAGAUUGCUAAUUUCAUCAUCUCAAACACUGCAGGUGUAACAUUAGGAACAGCUGCCCCAGCUUAUACAGAUCCCUACACAGGUGGUGGAAGAUACGUCCCACAGGGCUCAUCAUCAGGUGCUCAACCACCAACAGUUCAUAGUGACCCAUUUACAGGUGGCGCCAGACAUGUACCAACUUCUUCCAUGCCCUCAAGCUCUGCUUCGUCACAAAAAAUGAAAUAUUUUCCCAAAAAAGGCUUUAUAACAUUUGAUACUGCCAAUUUACAGCAGAUAAUAGGGAAAAUAACAGAAUUAAAUGGGAAUGUAGGAGAUGAUUAUAAAUUAGAGUCAUCAGAGAUAGAGCAACUAAGAGUAAUUGCAGAAGCAGCAAGUCAAACUAACUCAUCAGAAUCACUCAAAGAGCUGCAUAUCCUUCACAAGGCUCUCAAGUGGCCCUCAGAUCAAGUGUUUCCAAUACUAGACAUACUACGAUUGUCCAUCCGUAACCAAUUUGUCAACCAAUACUUUUGUAAUGAACAAGAUGGUGCUACCUUCCUCUCAUACCUUCAGCAUGUUUCAUCCCCAAACUCAAAACUAGCUAAUAAAAUGCUAGUAUUCCGAACAUUGUGCAAUGCAUUCCAAUGUAAUCCUGGUGCAUUGCUUCUAAGAAGCAACAGAGAAGACAUCAUUAGUUUGCUUGUAGAUUCUAAAAACAUUAGCAAUAAAAAUUUACAAAUAGCACUGUCCACAGUCCUGCUAAAUUAUGCAGUUCAACAGCAUGAUAUGCAGAAUGGGGAGGCCAAGUUGCAGCUGUUGUCUGCUGUUGCUGCGGUGCUUGAAGUCGAACAGGAUGAGGAAGCUACCUUCAGAUUACUGGUAACAUUGGGUACUCUAUUGCACAAUGAUAAAGACUCAAUAUUUCUUGCUAAGUCACUAGACAUCAUUCCAACUAUUAGCCAACUACAAAAUAAAACCUUAUUACCAAAGUUGGCAGAAUGUGCUGAAGAUGUUGUACACUUGCUACAGUAAACGCUAGGUUGGCGCAACAGUUGUUUUUCUGUCUCAAAAUUCAGUAAUGAAUAUGGAUCUACCUUUUGCAUUUUAGGCCCUAUGAAGUUAAGUUACAGUAAAUAUAAUUCUUGGGGAGUACCCUCUAAUUUAUAUUUGCCACAGUUGGAGUUUUUAUGAAGGUAGAUGCUCAAUUCAGUGUUGAUGUCAAGUGGUGUGCCUAGUUUAUGCACAACCACUUGUGUUGAAAGGCAUUCAUUUUGAUUUGAAAGUUAAUUUGAAAUAUAAAAUUGAUUGACAAAUAGGUUAUUUAAUAUUUAAUAACACCUGUUGCAACUACUGGUACGUUUUUUUUCUCUUCAAUAUAGAAUGAUGCAGAAUGCUGUUAUUUAUUCACAUUAUUUUUUGUUAUAAUACUUUUAUUGUGCCUGUAUUAAUAAUUAUUUUAUUGUUACAGUAUUUUAUUAUUAAUAUUAUUUACAUUUUUGUUUUUAUUGGUUUAUUAUCAUUUUAUUCUCAUUAUUCUUAAUAUUCUAUCACUAUUUAAGGUGCUUACUAUGUUAAAUGCUGUUAUGUAUAUUUAUCAUAAUAUGAUGAAACUAGAAAAUAGUCUUAGCUUUAAUAGUUGGCUAAACUGGUGGUAGCCACCGGGUGAUGACUGGAGAGCUUUUACACCUUUAGUACCUGGUUAAUUCAAUUUUGCCCUUCUCUUGUUUCAACUGGAGUAGUUGGUCCUGUCUGGAAAUAUGACCCAUGUGUAUGUUAAAGAGCAGUACACUCUUUAAAAAAAAAAAGCAGGAGAUUUCCUCUUGGUGUGUGCCCAAUUUGCCACCAGAAGACCCCACUAGAUAUAUCUUGCAAUAAAUUACUUUCCAAAACAGAGUGCUGUAUGAAACACCAUGCCAUCUGUUUUCAGUUGCGAACCAGUUCAGCCGUGAUGUAUUUACCAUCCAGAAAAUCAGUCAGUGUGUUUUUAGUAAAGUUAUAACUUUAUUUGUGCUCAUCCAACAUGAAAUUGAAAAUUUGGACUGUCAACAUGUAACAGAUAUGUACAGUACCUUAUCCCGUCUAAAUCUCAAUGUGAGGGUUAUUCAAGGAGUCUUAUUAUUCAAAUAUACAAUAUCUUUUACAGCUAAAUAGGCUUAUCCAGGUAAAAUUAAAAGUUUAUUGAACUUCAAAUUACACUUUUUUAAUUGUAUGUUAUACCUGGCCUAAGCUUCCCCUGUCGAAUUGACAUAAGUAGUAAAUGUGUUGUUUUUGCCUUCCCACAGUCUUUUUAUUACAUUACGUUCAAUACGCAUAUUUAUUAUAUGAUAAUUAGCAUUAGGAUAUUUCGAAUUGACUGAAAACAUACAAUAUUAAAGGUGUUACAUACAUCGCGGCCGAAACGGUCCUAACCCCACAUUCUGUUUCUGAAAGAAAAAUGGUUUGUAUUUUUCUAAGACAACAGUUGAUUCGUCUUUUACAAACUAUGGCUUGAUAAACCAUUGUGAAAGGCGAACUGUGCUUUGUAAAAGAUAAACUAUUCUGUUGGAUAAAAACAAACCAUAGAAAAGACAAACCAUGGUUGGUACAAUAUUUUCUUUCUCUGAAACGUUAUUUAUCUCCAAUUCAACUUCCUUAUUUGCCACUUAGCGAAUUCUUUUUGUUAACACCUCUUAUACACUUCAAUUUAUUAUUAUUAUUAUUAUUAUUAUUAAUAUUAUUAUUAUUAUUAUUAUUAUUAUUAUCAUCAUCAUCAUUAUUGUUAGCUUUUCCCAGCAGUAGUUGGAAAAGCCUUCGUUUUUGUUCGGAUUUUUAUUUUCUUACAUAUUGUGUUUUUUACUGGGUUAUUCCAGCCGGCACUUUGGUCACUUUCACUUGGAUCGUUUUAAGACUUUGUCCAAGCAUAGAUCAUAUAUCAAAGAUGUGCCUCCUAAAAUUUAGCGACAAUCUAGAGUGGGGUGUGGAUAUGAGGACAAAUUUUAACGGGUCAGCUAAUCUGAAUGGAACUUUUGGGAAAGUUUAACCAAGUUACAAGGAAGAAAUAUUAUGUUCUGCUGACAGUCUAGUUUAGCUUGUAAAUUUGAGAGUCAUUUAAAUUUCCCAGACCUAAAUAUCUA